AACCUUCAUCACCCUGGUGUUGUACAUUUGGAGUAUAUGUUUGAGACGCCUGAAAGAGUGUUUGUUGUUAUGGAAAAACUCCAUGGAGACAUGGUGGAGGUGAUCUUGUCAAGUGAAAAGGGCAGGUUGCCAGAGCAUAUAACGAAGUUUUUAAUUACUCAGAUACUUGUGGCUUUGCGGCACCUUCAUUUUAAAAAUAUUGUUCGCUGUGACCUCAAACCAGAAAAUGUGUUGCUAGCAUCAGCUGAUCCUUUUCCUCAGGUGAAACUUUGUGAUUUUGGUUUUGCCCCGAUCAUUGGAGAGAAGUCUUUCCGGAGGUUAGUGGUGGGUACCCCAGCUUACCUGGCACCUGUCUUAAGGAACAAGGGCUACAAUCGGUCUCUAGAUGUGUGGUCUGUUGGGGUCAUCAUCUAUGUAAGCCUAAGUGGCACAUUCCCAUUUAAUGAAGUUGAAGAC